AAGUUCACAAGUUUUGCUGCAAUGUUUAGGAGCUAGAAAAUCUGAGGCCACAAAAACUUUUUUUAAAAAUUUUUUUAGUAAAAACAAAGGCAACGAGAAAAUGAAGCAACACACAUAAAACAAUGUACAAAUAAAUAUAUUUGUACCAAAAAACAAAAUGUGCUAGUAUUAUUGUCAUAAGAGUUUGCUCUCUAAAGAAAAUUUACUGAAAUAUAAUAUCCACAAUGUUAUUAUUUGGCAGCCUCACCUUCAGCUCCCCCUUAUCCCCUCUUUUUAUUUCCGCAUUUUGACAAUAAUCCCCUUAUUCCCCUUAUCCUGGAGCCAUUUGUCCAGACUCUGGAAUAAUGCUCACCAAGCAGGAACACAAAUGAGAAAAUCCAAUAAAAUAUGUGGAUAGGAUUCCCAAACCUUCCCAUCCCAUUUGCUGUUAAGUCCUGCACAGUGAUUUCAUGCAAACUAUAGAAGCUGAUCACUGCCUUUUCUUCACUGUUCAUCUCUCUCUCUACCCCUACUUUCCACAGUCAUCUUGCCCGGUACUUCACCAUUGAAGGUACUGACACUCCAUUUAGUUUUUCCCUUAUUUUUACAAACCUUAAAUUAUCAAUCAUUGAUGAACCAUUCUUGCCAAGUUUCAAUUUUUAUGGUUGGAAUUGAUGAGCAGGGGCUUAAUUAGUAAGUGGGCACUUGAUUUUUUGUUUGUUCAUUUGAUAAUUACCUUUUUUGUUCCAAUAACUGCAUGAGUUAAGACCUACUAGUGAUUGAUUCGUAAUGUAUAUUUAUGUCGGUGCCAACCAUAAAUAUGGUGUCUGAGAGUUGUUAGUUCUGCUAUUGAUUGCAUUAUGGACACAACCAAGUUUCUUUUUUUGCUGCUCAUCUUAAUAUCUGGCCCUGCAUAGAUUAGAUUCAAAGAAUGGGGAAGUUUUCGUUUCAUUAAGGAAAAAGGAAAUUUUUUAACCUUGUUUAAUGUAGCUUUCUUAAUGUGUUAUGGAUGCGAUCCUGAACUCCCUGUGUAUGUUACUUCUUAUAGCUUUUUUAAAUACUCUGAUCAAUUACAAUAGUGACCAGAGUCAUGUCAUGUGACUAAAACUUCCUCAUGGUAUGGGAGCUUGAAGUAUGGUUUGAUUACUUAUUGUUUGUGUUUUACCUUUUUGACAUGUUAAUUUUAUGAAGUUGUAGAUUUAACUGAAAUUUUUGUAUAUCUUUCGGUUUCUAGCUCAUGUCUCCAUUGUUUUCCUUCGUUAUUCUAUACUUGCAGGAACCUAUAGUGUUCCUUCCUUAGGCCACUUUUCUGUUUCAACUGAAUCCUUUUCAUUUUUUGGGGUCGAUUAAUCUGCCUCAAAAUGCUGAUUUGUGUUUUCAUAUUAUCCUAUCUAGGAGAUCUGAAUGGGAGAGUCCUUCGGAGAGAGGACUGGUUCAGAGGCGAGUAAACAAGUGCAACACUGUUUUGGUAUCAUAAAGAAUAGAUGGUCUCAAGAAGUACCUAUGAAGGAAAAUUGUGUGCGUGACAAUAUUCAAUUACAAGAAAUACCGGAGUCAAGGCUAUGUACCUUUUGCAUGUCUGGUAUUUCUUGCAAAACUGUUCGUUCGAGAACAAAUCAGAUGAAUGUUCUUGUGGAAAGAGGGAAGCCGGAGGAAGCCCAAUCUGUUUUUAACAAUUUGAUUGAAGGUGGGCAUAAACCAUCACUUGUAACAUAUACUACCUUAUUAGCUGCCUUAACCAUCCGAAAGCGCUUCAACCAUAUCAAUUCAAUCAUCUCGACUGUGCAAGAGAAUGGUCUCAAGCCAGAUUCAGUUUUCUUCAAUGCUGCUGUGAAUGCAUUUGCUGAAUCUGGGAAUAUGGAGGGGGCUAUGGAAACUUUAUUGAAGAUGAAGGAGAGUGGAAUGAAGCCCACAACAAGCACUUUCAACACUUUGAUUAAAGGGUAUGGGCUUAUUGGAAAACCUGAAGAAUCUUUGAAGGUAUUGGAUCUGAUGUCUCAGGAGGACAAUAUAAAACCCAAUUUGAGAACUUACAAUGUUCUUAUUAGAGCAUGGUGUAACAAAAGGAAUAUGAAAGAAGCAUGGGCCAUAAUUCCUAAGAUGCUAGACUCUGGCUUGCGGCCUGACCCUGUUACUUACAACACCAUAGCAACAGCUUAUGUUCAAACUGGCCAGGCCGAUAAGAGCGAGAGAGUAAUAUCAGAAAUGCUGAAAAAUGGGGUGCAUCCAAAUGAACGAACCUUUGGUACCAUCGUAGCUGGAUACUGCAAAGAAGGAAAAGUAAAGGAUGCACUGAGGUUUACAUACAAAAUGAUGGAUCUUAGAGUGCAGCCCAAUCUUAUUAUAUUCAAUUCCUUGAUCAAAGGAUUUGUCAAUACAUCUGACAAAGACGGUGUUGAUGAGGUUCUUUCAUUGAUGGAAAAGGCUGGUAUCAAACCAGAUGUGAUAACUUACAGCACCGUCAUGGAUGGCUGGAGUGCUGCUGGAUAUAUGGUAAAAUGCAGAGAAAUCUUUGAUAAUAUGGUCAAAGAUGGCAUUGAACCUGAUGUCCACACAUACAGUAUUCUUGCUAAAGGUUAUGUGCGCGCCCUGGAACCAGAAAAGGCAGAUGAACUCCUAAACACUAUGGUUAGUUCGGGUAUUCAACCCAAUGUAGUUAUCUUCACCACAGUCAUCAGUGGAUGGUGCAGUGCUGGUUCCAUGGAAUGUGCAAUGCGGGUCUUCCAUAAGAUGUGCAAAUAUGGAGUAUAUCCAAACCUUAGAACUUUUGAAACCUUAAUUUCGGGCUAUGCAGAAGCAAAACAGCCGUGGAAAGCAGAAGAAAUAAUCAAACUCAUGGAGGAGUUCAAAGUUUCCCCGCAGAAGUCAACUUUUGUGCUGAUUGCGGAGGCCUGGAAAGCUAUCGGACUGAGUGAAGACGCAAAUAGGAUCAUGGCCUCUAUGGAAAAGCAAAACUUGAUGUAUUAUCAGCUGAAUAAUGGAAAUAAGACUGCCGCAGAAAGCUUAGAGAAGAUGUAUCAGAAGGAUACAGUUAACUUUUCACCUCCUAAACUGCUACAGAUCCCAAGUGAGCUGUUAAAUGAUCAGAAAGCCACAAUUGCUGCAAAUAAGAAGAGCCAGGUGGUUUUACGAGAAGCUGAAAUCUCUUCCGAGAGCCUGUACACUGCAACACGAUCCAUGUAUCUUGCUUGUAGAGUUGGUCCACGUGGCCCGAUCAUUUGCCAGAAGCAAUAUCACCAGGGGCAGCUUAAUAUCUCCAGUCAACUUUCUCACACAUGUACAGUGGGUUUCUUUUAAACUAAUAGGAAUGGUGUUUGUGAUUACUAGUGCACCUAAACAAAUGAAAGUUUGAUGAUACAGAAGGGUGAAUGACUGAAUAUGUUGAUGACUACACCUUGUACAUACACAGGUGGCCAUCUGUAUAUCCUGUAUAAACUCAAAGAUGUGUACAUCUUUUUUAAUUUCUACUGAACCCACGUAUUUGAUCUGGUUCUGGUUCAUUGUUUGGCAGAGUUUAAUUUAUAGGAAUAAGAAUCUGGAGAAAUAAAAAAGAACUUUGAAUUGAAAGGCCACUAUACUGUACUUACAGAACUCACAGAGAAGCAAACCACAUACAAUUAUGUCAAAAAAUUUUAACAUCUAGGCAUAGAAUGUGAGGGUUAAAUUUCUCAUGAAGGGCCAUGUAAAAAAAAGGAUCAAACCAUU